AUGGCCCAGCCGACAGCAACAGCCGUUCUCUUAUCUCCAGAGACCACUCCAGGCCAUGUUCAUGUUAAUGGACUGACAAGAGAGAGCGCAGAGCUUGUAUCUGAAAUGCUCACUAAGAACCAUGUUCUAUACAAGACGCGAUGGAAAGACACUCUUCAUAACCAUCUCACUCACCACCUCCUUGCUAUGUGGGCACUGGGAGCAACCCCAGCUGAAAUCCAGGAUAUGUGGGAUUACAAUACGCCUUAUCAAGAUGACAUGAAUCUCGACCCAGAGGCAUCUUCCUACGAUCUGCAAGAUCCAGAAGUUUUUGAAAAAUGUCUGGGGAUUGACGACCGCUACCCCGACUUCCUCAGGUUUUUUGAGGAAGAAAUCAGCAGCAAGGGAAUGCAGGAAGUGGUCAAGGAAUAUCUCUUCAAGGAAGAUCAGCGAGCGAAUGACAUCCUGGGGCGCAUGUUUGCGGGUGAGCCGAAAUCCACCCAUACGACGGCAGAGCUUUACUCACAAUCUAUUCUAGAUCUUGUCCAUCCAAUUAUUCACCUAGGUUGUGGCAUUGAAUUCAACCAGCCGAGUCUCGUCGCAGAAGCAUUGGCUGGAGCCUGCGUUCACGAGAAUUGGCCCAGUAGCAUCCUGCUCCCUACAGAAGAUUACGUGCGUGCAAACCCGGACAUACCAUCCAAGUCGAUGCUUCAAGUCCUAGAAUCCCUCCAAGCGGAUAGCCAUAUUUCCACUGGAACGAGAGAGGACGACCCUUUCAAUAAGAUCCCCGAUGGCUUCCUCAAGCGCGUCACACCAACGCAGCUGGUGCCCUACCUCAGCCAGUUCCAGGUCAAGCCCGAGCCCGAGGACCUGAGACUCAAACUAUCAGACAUGAUGCAUACUUCCGCGUACAUGCUGGGUGCCGCCCAACGCCCGGGGAAACGCGAAGCCAUGGACUUUGUGACUCUCCACGCUGCCACACUGGCAGCAUUCUUCCCCGCAAUUAUGGCCCAGGACUGGUUGUCCAACGAGAACAAAGCGCGACUUCUCGAAGCCACGGUGCGUGUCAAUGCGGUCAUGUAUGGUGGCACUGCGUGUCCACCCAUGUAUGCCGACCGAGUGAUCCACUACAUUCCUCAACAUCCGACGCAUGGGUGGUCUGAGCUUUUCCACCGCGCAAACGUCUACCGUGAUGAGGGCCAUGCUGUCAAGUUGCUUCGCGCGCUGUAUGCGAUAGAAUCGCUGGAGCUAGGACCGGAUUUUCCGAUCGCUAAGAGUGAUUUCUUCAAGAUUGCGCACAUGGGAAUCGACUCCAUUGAGCGCGCCAUGGCUGAGGAAAAUGGCAAUCAUGUCCCUAAGGAGGUCGCUGCUGGGGUUCUUCAACGGGUUGGACGUGGAGGCGAAAUGGUGGUCGGGAACAUGACCCGAUGGGUAUUCUAUGGUGGGCUUCCUAACGCCUGGAGACACGUACCUGCGGUAUAA